AAACGUUUGCAACAUCUGCGAUACAGGAAGCGCAACAAGUCAUCAAGAAAUUUCCUCCGGUUCCCAAUUUCAGUUCUUUGAUUUCAUAAAAUGAGUGUAGCAUGCACGGUUAAGUUGAUGGUGGUGUUGACAUUCUUCUUAUUCGCCGAAUGUGCCGCUGGUUCCUGCUUGAGCUACGGACAUUCUUGCUGGGGUGCUCAUGGUAAACGCAGUGAAGCUUCAUCAGUUCCACAUCUUGAUGGUAACAGGCUAUUGCUAGCCAGACUGUUACAACCUAACGAAAAUGAUAAAGAACUGAAAGAACUGGAUAACGCCCCUACACUGUUGGAAAUUAAGCAGUUGCUCAAUGAAGGUGGAGUGGAAUCCAACCCCUUAAAAGGUUUGAACGACUACGACUCAGCAGUUGAUGUGCUUUUCGACGAAUCUCUUCCAUCCUAUGAGGACAUUUCCACCAGAAGGUUCAAAUCAACGAGUGGUCGCAGAAUACCAUCCAGAAUUCUUAGGAAGAGAUCCACCAAGACGACCUAAUUCACAGCUCGUUGAUUUCGUUCUGAUGUUUCAGUUGUGUUAAAUCGAUUCUCACUUCAAUUUUCAACAAGAGGCUGGAAUGGUGAAGAUUGAAGGGUUUUUGAGGAAAUUGAUGAUAAUUUUUUACCAGGCUGUACGUACUCAAUAAAUAUCUAAGUUAAAUAUAUGUAUCUUUCAAUUGAGAUGUAUGAAUAAAUUACGUAAGAAAUUUCAA